CCCUGAGUGUAUAGGUAGUGGGGCAUAACUCCAGCCUGAUUCAUUUUCAUCCUUUGACAGUCUGAUAGAGUUGCUGAUCCUACACUGCAAGAUGCGUUCUCUCAUUCUCGUGUUAUUGGUGGCUGUGAUCGGACUGGCCACAGCAGAAGUGUACGGAUCGUUUGAAAAGUCGAUUUCCGCGGAUGUAAACUUGCCAGCUUGUUUGGAAAUCAUAUUCUCCUCUGCAAAAAAAUUUUUUGAGUUCAUUGUAGUUUUUCUGGCGUAUGCUGUAAAGAAAUUUGGAAUACAGGCGGUCUUUGCCCAUUUCUCUGAUUCGAUUUUGGGUAAAUUGUCAGCACUCCAUGGUUGGAACUUGGAAGACUUAUUGGAAAAAGCUUUCAAACUCGACUUGAACUCAGCCUCAAAUCUUGGUUUGGUUAAUUAUCUACAGGGCAAAGACGUACUAGGUGGCCUAACAGGUGGCUUAACAGGUGGCCUAACAGGUGACCUAACAGGUGGCCUAACAGGUGGCCUAACAGGUGACCUAAAAGGUGGCCUAACAGGUGACCUAACAGGUUUAACAGGUGGCCUAACAGGUGGCAUAACAGGUGGCAUAACAGGUGGCCUAAUAGGUGGCCUAUAAUGAGGACUUUUGUCAGGCACUCUUUAUUAAUGAACUGCUGGUAUGUCGAGUUGAUGAUGUCCACAACAAAGUACACAUGUAGCUAAUUAUUAUUAAUGCUUUUGACAAAACAGAAAAAAAAUAAUUUUCCGACUACUUUAAAUCUAAUUUUCAAAUGUUUUAAUUCGUUCUAUUCUUUUGAAAUCUGUCACUCUAAUAAAUGCUAAGCAAAUACUUA